AUGGCCACCAGUCAACCCACUAUUCGUCUGGCGACGCCCGAGGACGUCCCGUACAUCCUCCAAUUCAUCCGCGAACUCGCCGACUAUGAAAAAGCCCUCCACGAAGUCGAGGCCACCGAAGCAUCCCUCCUCGCCACCCUCUCCUUCCCCAAUGACCCGCCCAAGCGCGGCUCCGUCUACACGGCGCUCGUGAUUCCCCCACCCUCCACCGAGAACCCCUCCCCCGUCCCCGUCGGCAUGGCCCUCUACUUCUACAACUAUUCCACCUGGCGCUCCGCACCGGGUAUCUACCUGGAAGAUCUCUACGUCCAGCCUGCGGCGCGCGGCAGCGGCUAUGGUCUCAAGCUGCUCCGAUUCUUGGCCAAGCAGGUCCUCGAGAUCAAUGGCCGUCGGUUGGAGUGGAGCGUCUUGACGUGGAAUACGCCGAGCAUUGAAUUCUACAAGCAGGUUGGGGCUAAGCCGAUGGACGAGUGGUUGAAAAUGAUGGUCGAUGGGCCGGCACUGGAGAAGCUGGCUGAGGGUGCGUGA